AUGUCACACCACCAAGGCCCUAGGUCAUUAGCUAGCUCCAGGCACAGGUCACUUUCAGCAAAUGUGCGACGCCUGCAGGAAGCCUUGAAUAAUAUCCUGGAAGAGGAAGAGAAGACCUUGUUUGUCGGGGCUCUCAAUGAUUAUCACACUCAUCGGGAUGUUCAUCUGUUUGUUAGGAGACUUAAGGCAAUACUUAACACCCAGUCUAAACGUCAGCUGCUGCCACUAAUUCGGAAGGUUAUGCCUGUGACAGAUAUUGAGGCGUUUGAUAGUUUAACUAGCAGUAGUAAAACACAGAAGGCGCUCUCAUGUAAAUCUCAUCAUACUCAAAGAAAUGCUCAUUUUUCAUCAGAACAAUAUCCUCAAGUAUCAUUUUCUUCAAAGUCUCGACGAAAGCCUAAACAGAGUUUGAGGAGCACAAAAUCAGAAAAAACUACAAAGAAAAAAUCAAAAAGUGUCUUCGGUGGAAAAGUGAAGUUGGAGCAUUCAUCAAAACCAAGAUCGGCACGAAGUGCUCCAGUGUCAAUUUUACACAGCAAUGGUAAUAAAAACAGCAUUAAAAGUACUAGGAUCUCUAAAGCAGGGUCAGGGUCCCUUAUGUCCCUCACCCCUCAACCCAAUGAGGUUCUUAGAAUAAUUCUUGGCCAGCCGUCUAACCCAGAGAAGGGGUUCGGCUUCAGUAUCAGAGGUGGUUCUGAAUAUGGACUUGGAAUCUACAUAUCACAAGUGGAUGGUCGGAGUGUGGCAGAAAAGCAAGGACUACAACCAGGUGACAUGAUUAUGGAGGUCAACGAUAUAACAUUCAAGAAAAUUGCACACGAUGAGGCGGUCAAGAUUAUCAAGGCUGCUCGGCGGUUAGACUUAGUUGUGUGUCGGGUGGGACGGAUUCCAGGAUCGUUUGAGAUCCAUCAGAUGUACAAAUGGGUAGACCCCUAUGGUAGAGCAGUAUCUCCACCACCAGAACUAGAACAGAUUGCGAAGUUGGAAGCAGGCACCAUUGGACGCAGAAGUGGACUACUACUACUAAAAAGCAGUGAUGAGAGAAAAGUUAAUGUUGCAGUAGGUGAGAGGGACAAACUUGGAUUGAUGAUUAGAGGGGGUCUGGAGUUUGGGCUUGGAAUCUACAUAUCUGGUGUUGACCAUGGGUCAGUGGCAAAAAGUGCAGGUCUAAAGGUAGGUGACCAGAUACUGGACGUGAAUGGUCAUAGUUUUCUGGACACUACCCACGCAGAGGCUGUCCGUGUGCUAAAGACAUCGCGACUGAUGGUCUUAACUCUCAAGGAUGUAGGCAAGUUACCCUUUGCUCGGACCACCAUUGAUAAAACACAGUGGAUCAACCAGUCCCUGAUGACAGGCUCCAGAUCUAGUAGUCAACUGUCCCUUAGUACAGACACCUUGACCUCGUCCAGUACACUGACCCCUAAUUCGGGGUUUUCCAAGGGAGCAGGGUCUCAGCUGAUGCUAACUUCUCUUGCCAACUCCAAAUGGAAUAUGAUAGAGGAGGUUGGUGGUCAGCAGCUCAACGAAACGGAACAUGGAACAAUGCGGUACUAUCUGAAGGAGUAUCAACGAGAUCACAUCACAGUGGAAGGACUUGUGCUAGCACUGACAGAGCUCCUCAAUACACAUGCAAAGUAUACCCUGAUGUCAGAGAUCAGAAACAUUAUCCUGGCUAAGGACUUAGAGAAGUUUGACCUGCUUACCAAACAAAGAGAAAUAGAAUCAAGAAUGGCACGCCCAGCAGACUUCCUGUUCUCAGACAAGCAUGCUGAUAAAUACCCCGACAGGCACUCCAACUUAUCUAAUGAAGUAAAAGUUCGCAGUAAGAAAAAGAGGAACCUUGUGUCUUCUUCCAGACAGGAAUCAGACAAUGCUAGUUAUCGGUCAGAAGAUGCCUCAAGAAGGUGGGCUGACAAAAGACCUCCAUCUUCUCAGGUGAUUACAGAGAAUGACCUUGAGGCCUUACGACUGGCCAUAGAACAGAUCAGUAUUGAUGGAAUCAUCGAUAGACUACCAGACCAUCUCCCACAGUUUAGUGACCAAGGCUACACCCAGUCCAGUAGCAGUAUGGCCAGUCCUGCCUCUUCACAUCAUGAAAUGUACCCCCUUCAGCCUUCCUCCUCCCAGUCCAGCCUUAUCAGUGAACAGUACAGACACACGCCCUCUCCCAAACCUGGCCCCUCACAUCUGUCCUCAGCAGAGGACCGCCUGUCACGCUUGACUGAUUCUAGGUACAACGAGUCUUUACAGAUAACUGGAACUCCAAAGAGAAUUCCUAUGAAGGAUGUCCCCAUCAGGAAAUCAAACUCUUCAACACCUCAAUCUCUAACAAGGCCAGGGAUUCAAAGGUCAGAGGUCAGUGGAUCUAUGGAGGAUGUCAAUCACAAAAGUCCCAGCAGUAGGUUGACUGAUGAUAGCAGUUAUAGAGAUAACAAUUUUAUACUCAAUAAUCCAGCCUCAUCAAACCGUGAUUCAAGGGUCACCACAGAAAAUGCAGUUCAUGCCGAAGUUCAUCAGUACAACAAGGCACCUGAUAACCACAGUCCUGAUGAUGACAGUGGCGUAGAUUUAAAUGGCAGUAGUCGCCAUGACAACACAUCGCAACAUGAGCAGGAACAAUUCUUUAUGGGAAUGACAUCUUCCCUUAAACGGAAAAGGGUGACGAUAUCAGCAGACAACCCCAUUGACAUUGAUGACGCCUUGUCAGCAAGAUCUGCAACGUCAACCUUGGACCGAAAUGAACGACCUUGGGCCCAAGAAUUUGAAAUAAUGGCCAACCACUUUAAUGAGGAAGCCGUGUUGAUUGCUGCUGCAAGAGAGAAGUAUGGAGAUAUUCCUCUGGAGAUAGUCACCAUCCACAAAACUAAACCUACCCUGGGGCUGGCCAUAGAGGGAGGAGCCAACACACGACAGCCACUCCCUAAAGUCAUCAAUGUACAGCCUGGAGGGUCAGCAUAUGAGUCAGGACGUUUGAAGCCUGGACAGAUCAUUCUUGAAGUGAAUGGUCAAUCUUUGUCAGGUAUGGCACACAUAGGAGCUGCUCGAACAAUUGCAGAGGCAUUCAAAAACAAGCAGGUCAAUCACAUAGAACUGCUGGUCACUGAGUCCAAUGCCAAACUUCCUCACAACUCAGACCUCUGA